CAUUCUCAGGAUGGUAGAGGUGUGUGUGUGUGCGGCGGAGGACAGUGACAACAUAGAGACCCAACGACAGCAGCAGCAGCAGGCAUGGAGGAUGGGGCCACUCCCGACCCAGAAUUUGUGGACGUGGACCAGGGCAUGACGCUGGCCUGUGUGGCCUUCCUCUGCCUUCUCCUGGUGGCCAUGAUCAUCCGCUGUGCCCGGGUCAUCAUGGACCCCUACAGCGCUAUACCCACCUCCACCUGGGAGGAGCAGCACCUGGAUGACUAGCGGGGAACAAGCUGUGCUGUUACACAUAUAGCCACACCUGUGAGGAUGCAGACGCACAGGCACGCAGGGACAUGCACAUGAACGCAAGCGUGGGUAAACACGCACACGCACAAAAGAAAGGAGAGGAGAAGAGAGGAGAGCUUGACCAGAGAGGAGAGUAGAAGAGAGGAGAAGAGAGUUAUGGUCCCAAACAGUAACACUGCUUGUCAACACAUCUAUUGUCUGGUAUCAGUCAGUACUUGAGAAGCGCUGGACAGGGUGACAAUCAACCAUGGUCUGGACGCGUUACAGUCUGUGUCUACACCUUCACCCUGUAAACUGCUUCCUGUACAUACUAGGCAAUACUGGUCAUGAUGAUGAAGGGAAAGACUAUUUAGUACUUUAGGACUUUUUUCAGUUAAUUUAUUGAUCUUACAAAAACAUCUGAAGUUUUGUACAUUUUAUAUGGAAAAUAACAAUGACUUUGUCUACAUAAUAGUAUUGCUCAUGAAACAGGGCCUGUGUUUUUCAGCUUAUCGACUAAUAAGGCUCAGAGAAACUUUAUCCAUGCGUCUUGUCUGAAAAUGUGUGUCAGGCAACAGCAUGGAAAAGCAGUGGGGAAUGAAUGUCAUCUGUUACAGUCUAUACACACACACACACACACACACACACACACACACACACACACACACACACACACACACAUACAUACACACACACACACACACACACGUCUUGUCUGAAAAUGUUUGUCAGGCAACAGCAGUGGGGAAUUAAUGUCAUCUGUUACAGUCUAUACACACACACACACACACACACACACACACACACACACACACACACACACACACACACACACACACACACACACACACACACACACACACACACACACACACACACACACACGUCUUGUCUGAAAAUGUUAGUCAGGCAACAGCAUGGCAAAGCAGUGGGGAAUUAAUGUCAUCUGUUACAGUCUACACACACUCUUCCAGUUAUAUAUCAUCCUUGUUUGUGCCUGCUGUCGGCCCAUUAGCUUGAGCACAAAACGGUUAUGUUGGUCUAGUAUUUCUAUGUUCUGUUAUGAUGACUUAUGUCUCUAGCCAGUGCAUUUAUUACUUGUGAAACGAUUCUCUUGCAUGUUAUGAAGUGCCUCAGCUGACACCACAGAAUAGCCAAGUUUGGCUGAAUUCCAAAUCAACUCCUCCCCUCUAUUCUAUAGAAAGCUGUGAGCAAUAGGGUGAAUAUUCCUCCUAGCCAAUCAGAAGGCAAGAUAAAGCAAGGCAAUCACCAUGAUAUGUGAUUUAACCUGUCCGAUGCGUUCAUCGGUGCAAAGGGGGUAGAGGGGCGAGGGACUAGGGUCGGUUUGGAUUUGAGCAGAUUAUUGACAAGUGUUAACUGGCAAAUUAGCGGCAGGUAAUGAUUUGAUAUGAACCCAGAUUGUGCUACAUUUAGCCUGUCUAUAAUAAAGAUGAUUAUGAAUGACAAAAACCCUCUUUUGGAUGAGCGAGUUGUCUUGGUGUGAGAUUGUAAUUAGCUGUAAAUGAAAACCUAACGGAAUCUAAUCUUACAUGAUCUCGUACACGUAAUUGGGUCGUGUGGAAAGCCUGAUGACAUCUCAGUGUUCACUCUCUAAAGUGUUCACCCACGGGUAACUCUCUAAAGUGUUCACCCACGGGUAACUCUCUAAAGUGUUCACCCACUGGUAACUCUCUAAAGUGUUCACCCACAGGUAACUCUCUGAAGUGUUCACCCACGGGUAACUCUCUAAGUUCUCUAAGGGCCAUUCUCAUCAACCCCUAUUUCAUAUAGAAGACUUAGAAAUAGUUAGUGUGCUGCUACCGUUUUGAAUUCCGUGUUGCAGCUCGAGUCCAACUCACCACACUAUUGGUAUGACACCCAAAUGGCACUCUAUUCCCUAUUUAGUGCACUACUUUUAACCAGCGCCCUAUGGUCAUGGGUAUAAUAAUGAUAAUAAGGUGCCAUUUGGGACAAAUCCUUGAUGUAAAAUCUCGACAAUCUUGAGGUUUCAAGGUUAGGUCCACUGUCUGCAAACAGACCAGCUAAUACAUAUGAGCAUUAUGCUAAUCAGGUUAAAUUAGAAUAAAAUAAAGUUUCAGGAAAUAAAUGUUCCUCAGGGAGA